AUGGCCGAGCCUGGGCCGGAGCCGGGGUAUGCUUGGCGAGUGCUCGCCCUGUGCGGGGCUGCUGUGUUCCUGGCGGCAGCUGCAGCCGGGGCAGCCCUCCUGGCCUGGAAUCUGGCUGCCGCCACCUCCAGGGGCUCUCACUGCCCAGAGCUGGAGCUGGGAGUCAACGCCACGGUGCCCCCCGGGGACCCCACGCUGGAGGUCCAGGAGCUGCAGCGACAGCUGGCAGAGGCUGCCCAACGCGAGGAGGCUCUGGCCAGGCAGCUGGACCAGGCAAAGGGUGUCCAUCAGGAGCUGGAGGAGGCUUUAAGGGCCUGUGAGAGCCGCCAGAGCCGGCUUCAGACCCAACUGAAGACACUGAAGACUGAGAUGGACGAGGCCAAGGCCCAGGGGACUCAGAUGGGGGCCGAGAACGGGGCGCUGACAGAGGCCCUGGCGCGAUGGGAGGCCGCGGCCGCAGAGUCCACGCGGCUGCUGGAGGAGGAGCAGCGGCGCGCACGCGCAGCCGAGGCCGAGGGCGGAGCCUGCGCGGCCCGGGAGGCGGCUCUGCGCGAGCGCGUUAAAGUCCUGGAAGCCGAGAUGGACCCCCAGCGAAGACUGCCGCACCCCCGGCCCCGCUCGGGGUCCCGACACCGGCCCAGCCCCCGGCCCCGCUCGCGCUCCCGCCCCACACCCUCCGGGGGCUGCCGGCGGCCGGCGCGGCGCACACACGGGUGAGUCGCCCCGUGCAGGACGCGGGCUCCAGCCAGGAGGGGCAGGCACUGCCCGGUCCUGGGCGCACACUUCGCGGUGCCCACGCUGGAUGAGAUGCCCAGUCCGUCUCUCAUCAACGCCCAGCUUAAGACCAACCGCUCUGAACGGAGACAAGGAGACUCCAUCCUCUCUCCCCCGACCAUCUCGAGCUUAUUCUGCAGGCGAGGAGCAGGUUCAUUUAAAGGCCCAGUGAGAUACUGCGGAUCUGGGACUUAAGUCCCCUCUAACGAUAGCGGUAGCGUUGCCGUCAUCCCACCGACACGGGACUUAAGAUCCGGCCCUGGCUUGGGAGGGGCCUGGACAGUCACUUCUCCUCCCUGGGCCUCGGUUUACUUUGUGAAAUGAGUGCUUGCAGUCAUGUUUGGGCGGGGCGGGCUUCUCUUUGACACCAAAAACUGACACAGGCAGCACAAGUAAGAAAACGGCAGGCCCCUCUUCUCUGUAGGAUGGGUACGAAACUCCCAAAUGAGAUUUUAGCAAAGAAAACCGAGCAGCGCUUUUUAAAAUAUGUCCCAUCAAAGGCGACUUAUGCCUGAGGUGCAGGGAUGGGUCACUGUUCCGAAGUUUGCUCAUAAAAUUCACCAUACGAAAGGAUCCAAAUGAGAAAAGUUCCGAAAGGACCAUCACAUUCAGGGACAAGGUAAAGAGGACCACUAUCAAGUGUUUAAUAUUGUUUUUGGCGGUACUAGCCAUGCAAUCAGACAAGAAAAACAAGAGAUAUAAAUAGUAGGACAGAGAAAGGGACCGUGUAGGUUGAAUCAUUUGAAAGCACUCUUUAUAUAAGGUCAAAAAUGAUUGAAAUAACUAUUUUAUGUGGUGCGAUUUCAUAUUAUUUUUUCUCUUUUACCUUUAUAUUUGACAUAACGUAAGACUUACAGAAAAAAUUGGAAGAUGGGUACAAAUCACCCCUGGGCACUCUUUACCCAGACUCCACAGAUGUUAACUUUGACCAGCUUUGCUGUCUUCCUC